AGGAUACAACCUGAAGUUUUGUUAAAUAAUUAGGUUCAUUCUGCAAAACAAAAAAUGAUACAGAGAGCUGAGGAAUGCUGAUACAAGAUAUGACCUGGAUUUUAAGGGUACUCCAGCAGUUGUUUGAAAUAACAUUUUUAUUUGGAACUCUCCAGUUACUGAUUCCAGGGUCGUUCAAUAGAAGAAAGAGAAAUUCCCUCUACGUAACUGUGACUCUCCUCAUUGUGUCAGUAUUAAUUCUAACGGUGGGCCUAGCUGCUACAACAAGAACCCAAAAUGUGACUGUUGGAGGUUAUUACCCAGGGGUUAUUCUUGGUUUUGGGUCAUUUCUUGGAAUAAUUGGAUCAAACUUGAUAGAAAACAAGAGGCAAAUGCUGGUUGCAUCGAUCGUCUUCAUCAGCUUUGGCGUCAUUGCUGCCUUCUGCUGUGCAAUAGUAGAUGGAGUCUUUGCUGCCAGACACAUAGAUCUGAGGCCGCUGUACGCAGGACGAUGUCAGUAUUAUUCCAAAAGUACAACCCCACCAGAGGCGAUUUGUCACCCGCAACGCCGUGCACCCUGCACACCCAAAAUAAAAACCAACACCUGCUUCUGCUGUGACCUGUACAACUGUGGAAACAGAGUAGAGAUCUCUGGAGGAUACUAUGAAUAUAUUGAUGUCAGCAGCUGCCAGGACAUCAUCCACCUUUACCACUUGCUUUGGUCUGCCACAAUUCUGAACAUAGUGGGACUAUUCCUAGGGAUCAUUACAGCAGCGAUACUUGGAGGCUUYAAAGACAUGACUCCCUCCCUCCCUACGCUGAAUUGUACUGUUGAAAAUGCACAUCCUUCAGUAUCUUAUUAUUCGAGGCCACAGGUGACAUCUUACAACACCUACUACCAUAGCACUCCUCAUCUGCCUCCUUAUUCCGCGUAUGACUUUCAGCAUUCCAGUGUGUUCCCAGCCUCUACUCCUUCUGGCCUCUCAGACGACCCCCAGUCAGUGUCACCAUCUCCCAGCUAUAUGUGGUCCUCUAAUGCUCCUCCUCGUUAUUCUCCACCAUAUUUUCCACCUUUUGAAAAGCCACCACCUUAUACACCAUAAGGAACGAGGAACAGGAGGAGGAAAUAUUUGCCGUUGAAGUAAUUGCGAACAUUUUGUAUUUAUAUUUUACUGGGGGAGGGAGCAGGAGGAUAGAUAAAGAAGAGAAUUGCAAAUCUGAAUACCAGAUUGGACUGUUCUUUCCUGCAAGACUUGUUUUAGAGGUUUAAGAGCUGGGUAUGGGGAAGGAGACGUAACUGCUGAUGUUCCAGUGUCGGUGAGUAACGAGCGACCUAAAUUCCAGCCUCUGUGUUUUACAGCGAGGUUCUCGUUUUUUAAUAAAGUGAUACAACACACAUGAUACAUUCUGGUCUGCCUUACUCCAUCUUGAGCCAAGCUGAGGUAAGGGGAGCCAACAUCAACCGUUGUCCUGCCUAAGGGGCUCGCAGAGAGCUCCACAGAUGCUUGUUUCAUUUGACCUGUGGCUCCUGGGCCCUGCUCGCCCCAUGUGCUGGUCACCGGCCACACACACAUGCAGGGAAGCCCCAGGGAGGAGCCGGGGCAGCUGCUCGAGCUGCAGCACCGUUACUGAGGGAAUGUCAAGGGAUGUUUUAAUGUGUAUCAUAGCAGGACAACUGGAAUAUUGCUUUCUCCAAGGGGUAAGCAUUAAYAGGCAAUCUGGUUUAUUUCAGGAUGCUGCUUGAGAUAAGUUKUGAAAUGCAGUUGCCUGCCUCAGAAUUCUUGUAUAAAUAUUGCUGAAGUCAAGCAGUUUGGGUCAUUGCACUGCCUACAUUUUCCUUGUAUUGCUGUAAAAAGUAUCAGGAACUGCACAGGUCACUGAAACACAGGCCAAUGAAGACACUUUUUUUUUCUCCCUUCUAUUUAGUUGAGACUUUUUUUUAAGACUGUGCUUUUAACUUUUGUAAUGGAUUGAAUCAGCAUCCUGAAUAAGCACUGAUUUAGUAGCUAUAUUAUGGCUGCACAUACCAAAUUCCCCCUACUAGUUSUUCAGGAUGUAAGUCUCACAUGGGUAAAAUUCAAUACCAUGUAAUGUAGGCUGAAGCUGAUAGGAAUUUGCAAUUAUUGUUGUGACUUUCAUUUAAUCUUCAGCUGAUGACUGUGCUGAUUGGUCUAGAUUCCAGCAGAUUUUGCAUGCAUCCUGCCUAACAAAAAAGGAGGUCAGCUUUGUUACGUGACACAGUGUCCUGUGGAGUGUGGUGCUACUCCUGGAAGUGAUUUCAGAUGACACCUUUCAAGACUGAGCUGCUCAGCCUGAGCAUUCUCAUCUCUGCUUGCUUCAGGGGUAGAAACAAGUUAUCGGGGUUUUAUUCCUUAUUUCCGAAAGAUUUGAUUUCCUUUGCUUCAGAUUGCUGGGGUCUAAGCAGAAAUUGUCAAUAUUUACAUUCAACCCUGAUACAGACAAAAAGAUAACUGAGAGCUAUCUGGCUCACAGAAUCUAAAAAAAAAAUGAUAUAGAUGUUAGGAAAAAAAGAUUUUGAAUUGKGAUAUCUCUAUACUUGCAAUCAAUCAAUCAAAUAGAUUUGAGAUUAUCUGCAGGAAAAAUAAGCACUGAAGUCCCUGAUCUCACUUUUCAAAGUACACCCACACUUUAUAAUGUUGUCUUUAAUCCUGUGCAUUUACAGAGUUCUUAUGUUAUGUGUUAACCUUAUCAUUCCACUGUCAAAUACAAAUCAGUGUAUUAUUAAGCUAAAGGAUGAUACUGUUUAUCCAGAAGCAAACACAUAACGUUUCUCCAACAGUGAGGGCAAAUGGCUGCAGAAAGUAAUACAACUCACCGGAUUUAAAGCAGUAAUGUAUGCAGAAUAUAUCGUGGUAACAUUUUGUUUUACUGUUGAUUUGUUUUGUUGACUGCUGAAGUGCAGUGCCUAUAAAUUCAAGUGCUGGAAAUAAGAAAAUUGUUAAGAAGAUAGUGCACAGUUUAAAAUAAGCAAUUGAUAAAACACCCCACAAAAACUAGAAUUUGAAGGGCACAUUAAUUUCUUAGUACCAAAAAGCCUUUUAUUGCUCUAUCUUUGAAGUAACAGCCCUGUCCUACUUCUGACAAACAUAUACUAAGCCAUUUGUGCCUGUCUACUUAAAUGGGGCUGGAAGGAUGAGAGGACACUACAGGGGACAGGAUUUAAAGCACAUUGCUAAGAAACGGAGUAGGGUUCCUGAGGGGACCAUAACUUAGUGGCAGGGAAAUAAAGAAAUGGCUUUGUCGUCGUUUUUGACUUGACAAAUAUAUAACCUUAGGAAGUUACCCCAAUUCUUUUUUUUUUUCUCUCUAGUGAAUCUUAAUUUAAGAUCUAAGCACUCUUUAAGCAAAAAUUACAUUGCUGCUUUAAAUUCACYAUCAAAGGACAAUUCCAUGGGAUUUUCUGUUCAAUGACCUGUUUCCUACCACUUGAAUAAAUCUAAAUAUUUAGUGUAAAUGCAAUAUUCUGCACUGUAUCCAUCAUUUCUUCUGAGAAUGUAAAGAUUGUGRCUCAUAUGUACCCUUUUAUUACUUUACCAAAGUUAAAUAAAAUUGUGUGAAUUUUGUAAACAUUUACA